GAGGAGGCGGAGGAGGAGGAAGUGGCGGCCAGGCUGGCCUUAGGACGGACCGACGGACGCCCUGACCCGACCGACCGACGGACUGCCCUCGCCCUCGCCCUGGUCCUUGGUCCUGGGCGCGCCCGGCCCUCCACUAGCUGGUCCGCCUCCGCCCUCCCCCCGCCCCCGGCCCUUGCCCGUCCGGCCGUCCCACCGCCCGCCCCGCGGAGUUCUGCGCGCGCUCGCUCGGCCCGGUCACUCCAGGACUCAGUCCAGGCCUGGGGGCUCAACUAGUCCGUCUGAGCUCCCACCCCUUCCGGCCUGCCAAGCCCCCUCGAGAAGCCCAGCCAGCCAGGAUGGAGUCCUUAAUCAACUUGUACCAUGAAGUGAUGAAGAAAGCAGAUCCCCGGCUCCAGGGCUACCCCUUGAUGGACACCCCGCUGCUCAUGACCUCCAUCCUUGUGGCCUAUGUCUACUUUGUGCUGUCCUUGGGGCCCCGGCUGAUGGCCAAUCGGAAACCACUCCAGCUUCGAGGCUUCAUGGUCACAUACAACUUCUCCCUGGUGGCUUUGUCCCUCUACAUAGUCUAUGAGUUCCUGAUGUCUGGCUGGCUGAGCACCUACACAUGGCGUUGCGACCCUGUGGACUUUUCCCAGAACCCUGAGGCCCUUCGGAUGGUUCGUGUGGCUUGGCUCUUUCUGUUCUCAAAGUUCAUCGAACUGAUGGAUACGGUAAUCUUUAUUCUUCGAAAGAAGGAUGGUCAGGUGACUUUCUUGCAUGUCUUCCAUCACUCUGUGCUGCCCUGGAGCUGGUGGUGGGGCGUUAGGGUGGCCCCAGGAGGAAUGGGUUCCUUCCAUGCCAUGGUGAACUCCUCUGUCCAUGUGGUCAUGUACCUUUAUUAUGGGCUGUCUGCUUUGGGCCCAGCAGCCCAGCCCUAUCUGUGGUGGAAGAAGCACAUGACAGCUAUCCAGCUGAUCCAGUUUGUGCUGGUCUCAUUGCACAUCUCUCAGUAUUAUUUCCUGCCCAGCUGUGACUACCAGUACCCUGUGAUCAUCCACCUCAUCUGGAUAUAUGGCACCGUCUUCUUUGUGCUCUUCUCCAACUUCUGGUAUCAAUCCUAUACAAAGGGCAAACGGCUGCCCAGGGCUGUCCAGCAGAAUGGAGUGCCCAAAGUCAAGGCGAACUGAGCCAAGCUGGCCUCACCCUGGCCCUCACCCACCACCUAAGUGCCUCAGGGCUGCACUGAGGGCAG